CGGUCAUGUGAUCAGCUGUGUCCAAUCACAGCUAAUCACAUGAGACAUGUACACUGAUCAUCAGGGCACUGAUGAUCAGUGUGCCCUGAUGAUUAGUGUAGCCCCAACAGUGCCACCUGUCAGUGUCCAUCAGUGCCUACCAGUGCACAUCAAUGCCACAUAUCAGUGCCCAUCUGAGCUGCCUUUCAGUGUCACCUGUCAGUGCCACCUAUCAGUUGUGCCAGUCAGUGCCACCUAUCAGUGCGCAUCAGUGCCGCCUAUCAGAGCUGCCUUACAGUGCCCGUCAGUGAUGCCUGUCAAUGCCCAUCAGUGCCACCUACCAGUGCCUCCUCAUCAGUGCCACCUAUCGGUGCCCAUCACUGCAGCCUCAUUAGCGCACAUCAGUGAAGGAGAAAAAUCACUUAUUUACAAAAUUUUAUAACAAAAAAACUAAGAAAAACGUUUUUUUUUUUUCUAAAUUUUCAGUGGUUUUUGGUUUGUUUA